AUGGCUCCCACGAACCGCCCCUUGAAGAACUGGGUCUUCCUGUCCGGCGUCAUGAUCAACGCCGCCCUCGCCACCAUCCUGCUCUGGGCAGUGGGAAGCGGUCGCGGCUCGCGGGCGAUCCUACCCCUGAUCAUCGCAAUGGCUGGUUUUGGCGCUCUCCAGGCAAUCUCAGUGUUGGCCUACUUGUGCGUCGUACCAGGACCACCCAUCGCCCCCCACGACUCCGCCGGAGUGAUGAUCGAGAUGGAGCCAAUCGAGUUCUUCGACUCUGACGACGAGAACCAGGACGAGCACUGA